AUGGAUACCUCGCAGGCUGGCGAGCAGACCCUCAAUAGGGCGCAAGGUGGAUCUGCCUAUGCCGAGGGGUCCAGUUCUUCCUCCCCGACGGAAGCGUCGGUUCACAUCAUCGAGGACCUGUCUCCGCUGGUCCGGACAAUGAACGAGACUCUCGGGCGAAGCCGUUUGAUCGUCAAUCAAGAGCCGAACGACAAUAACGAGGACUUGAUGGCCCCAAUCGGUCAGAGCGACCGACUCGUCGAUGCGACAGAGGAUUUGGAGAGGACCGUCCGGUCGCAGGAAUUCUACCUUCGCUACGGCGACUAUAUGGGGCGAGUAUGGAAGCGCCUCGAACAUGCUUCCCGUUGUGUCCACCAAGGUCAUUGGCCUGCUGGAGUCGUCGCUGUUGGCAUAGAUCUCGAGCGGGAGGAGGAGCUCGGGGGGGGGGAAGCCUCGGAGAAGCUGGCGGGGGUGUUGCAGCAUCUCGAGGGGCUCGGGAUCAAGAUCAGCAGCGAUGUGGCCAAGACGGCAAUUUUGGGAUAUGCGAAACGCAACAAGAUCUGCCAUGGAGGUCCCAGUCGACUUGGCGACAAGGAGACUCGCGAUGCAAUCGCGAGCAAUGCCAAAGACCUGGGAAAGUUUCUACCCGACGAUCAGAGAGCGAAUCGCCAUCUCUGGGUGCGAAUUGUCAAGUUGUGGAAGAAGUGCGGGAGAUACGUGGAGGAUGUGCGAAAGUCGGCUCCGGAGACGACGCCAACCCCGGAUUCAUCUCGUCUACUCGCCGCACCGCCCCGUACCGCCGAGGAGAAGGAGGAGUUCACACGAGCCUUGGAGGAAGGCUCAUUCCAGGGCGAGCUGGAUCAACUGAGCCGAGAAGGAGGGCCCUGCAGACAAGACUCACCUCAUCGCACGCAGUCGACGAGGUCCGACCCAUUUCACGGUGUUCCUAGUAAGCGGAAGACGGACUACUGUGCAAGAGGAAGGAAAGACAGCAAGAUCGCAGUUUCCAUUCUGGCCCACAGGAAGAGAUUAGAGACGCAAACCCCCUGA